UUCCAAGGACAAUGGAAUAUUCUGUAUCCUCCACCAGGAUCACCAGCAGUAACUUCAGCAGAUUUAGACCUGACAUUAAUUGUUUGUCUACUGCGCAACAUACCUCCAGUGUUGGCUGCACCUGUGAAUGGAUUUGACAAUUUACCUUCUCUCCAUGACAUAAGCGACGGAGCAAACAUUGCACGCUUGAAAUAUUAUAAAAACUUUCUUGUGUCACAUUCGAAAGAUGGUACAUUAUCUAAUCCAGACUUUGUUAGAAUAUGGAUUGAAUUAGAACAGGCCAUCACAGGUAUUGAUAAUUCACAAGUAACUGUUGUAAAUUUAAAAGAUGCAGAAACAAAAAUGCUGGAUAGCUCAGUGGCACAACUGCUGUCAAUUCAAAUACAACUCGACACAAAAGUUUCUAAUUUGCAAGAUGAGUUGGAACAAAUUUCUAUACAUAUUGAGAAAGAUGUUCAAGAAAAGAAGGAACUAAAAAUGAUAGCAGAUGAUCUUGAUGAAAGAAAGACAAUAAAGCGAGAAAAUCUAGAAUUAGACGUUAAAGAAUGUGAAGAAAAUGUAGAUAGGGUAUAUGCACGACAGAAUACCAUGGAAGAACAAAUGAAUGAAAGAACGGAAAUAAUUGGAGAAAAACUAGACAAAUUAUAUAAUUUACAACAGCUUCUUGCUUCACAAAUUACUAGAAUUGAAACCAUUGUCAAAGAAAGCGAGAAGGAAAAAGAAACCUUGGUAAAUGAUGUGCAGUCAUUGUGCAGUCAGAUUCAAGAUAAUAUCAGCAAAACUAAGGAAAGAAUAGACGCACUUGAGACAAAAUCAGAAAUUCUUCAGGAAGUGCAGAAAGACGUAGACAUCCUUAAAAUAAAAUCAGAAUGCAUAGAGGCAGAAAUAAAAAAACAAGAUGAAGAUCAUAUUCCAAAGAAUAUUCGAGAUUCUAUUAUUGUUACUAGUAGAGGGGAUAUGUGUAUUGAUGACCUCGUUAUCAGAUGGACAAACUUACCAACACGUGCAUCCUAUGUAUUUUAAUCAGCUAUUAUUUAUUGUUUUCGAACCAUAUUCGAAAA